GAAAGUCUGAAUAAUGUAUCAGAAAGCCGACAGUGGGCGUCUCCUCUCCUCUCGCGUUUCGGCGGCGCGGUGGGAGGAGGAGGAGGAAUCGGGGAUCUCCUCCUAGACAACAAACCCACAUUGAGAGCGGGGCGCAGGGAUUACCUCACGCUGCGAGCGGAGGAUAAAACGGAGGCGGCGGCUUCGCCUCGACGCUUUUCUGCAGCGGACGCCAGCGGAGCAUCAUGCCGAGCCGCGACGCGCGGAGCGCAGGAACUCAGCUGAUCGGUCAAAUCCGCUGUCACUGAUGUUUUCCUGCUCACAGGGAGUUUCAUGAUGGAAAAGUGAUUUUUGAGGGAUUCUGGACACGCAGUUUUGGAGACCGCCGGCGCGUAAAGUUGCCUCCUCUCCGCUCCGUGUGCGCGCUGAUCCCGCGGCUCGCCAUGGAUCAGCCUCAGCAGUGCGCUGCCGUGUGUCUGCUGAUGUUGUCUUUUGGACUCCUGACGGACAGAGCGAUCUGUCAGCACUUCUUCCUUCUCCGGCCCAUCCCCAGUGACAGUCUGCCGGUGGUGGAUUUAAAGGAGGACCCGGAUCCGGCCUUUGACCCCAAGGAGCGGGACCUUAACGAGACCGAGCUCCGGAGCAUUCUGGGAGACUUUGACGGCCGCCUCCUGUCCGUGUCCCUCCCCGUGGAGGACAAACACUCCGGCUCCGACGAGUCGGAUCACUUCGACAUCCUGAAGGCGGGCGGAGUUCUGCCGAAGGAGAUCCGGGCGGUGGACUUCGACGUGCAGAUCGGAAAGAAGCACAAACCGAGCAAGAAGCUGAAGCGGCGGCUGCAGCAGUGGCUGUGGGCCUACACCUUCUGCCCGGUGGUCCACACCUGGACCGACCUCGGCUGCAGGUUCUGGCCUCGGUACGUCCGGGUCGGCGGCUGCGUCAGCAAAAGGUCGUGUUCCGUUCCGGAGGGGAUGGUCUGUAGACCCGCGAACUCGACCCACCUCACGGUGCUGCGGUGGCGCUGCAUGCAGCGGAAGGGCGUGCUGAAAUGCACCUGGAUCCCGGUGCAGUACCCGGUCAUCACGGACUGCAAGUGCUCCUGCUCCAGCUAGGACUGCUGGGACUCUAACUUAUAAGCUCGGUCAUUUUAUCCUCUUAUUCCCCCACCUGCACUACAGAGUGUAAGAAUGUAUUUCUGUAUAUGCGUGGCCAACUUCCUGUACAAAGUCAGUAUUAUUUGUAACCAGAGUCUACUUUAUUUGUGCAGAAUAUCGCUUUUAUAUAUUUUGUAUUUAUGGAGAAGUGGCGCACAGAGGCACGCACGGACUUUGUGUCGGACGAAGCGGAUCAACCUCAGAGUUGAACUAUUGAUUAUUGAUACAAUCAUGUUUUAUCUUGUAAAUUUGGUAAAUGUACUAUUUAUUCUUUAUAUUCGUACAAUAAAACGACACAGACAUGAAAAUAAAAUGACUUUUCCUUCAUUUUCUCCAUGCAGGCUGAUAGGAAUCACUGAGCCCUCUGCGCACAAGGAUAGCGCCAACUUUACGCACUCACUUUGCGCAGCUUUGCGUAUUUCUUGUAUAAUUCGGGUUUUUCUGUUUUGCUUCCCAUUAAACCGUUUUAUCAACUCAUCAACAAUGCGUCCAGUUCCUGCCUGCAUCAGGCACCUUGCAGGCUGAUUGCCUAGCAACAGCUGCUCUGACGUCUCCCUGUGUUUCAUCACAAACCGUCCUGCCAAAAGCGGCU